AUGGCAAACCCAAUUAAUGAUAAAACCAGAAAGAUGUGUUUAGGUGAGGUGAAGAAGAAGGAAAGCAUCAAAAGUGACUACAGUCAGCCACCUUUAACCCCAAAAGCAUUUUGGCGCGUGGGUUGCAAUCACACCUUUGCUGGCUUUUGGAUUCGGGACAUCGACCCGGAACUCCGGAGCAUCUUUAUUUUCCAGUUUUCUCCCAGCCAACAAAGAGACCUCCAGUAUUUUUACCUGUCCUUAAUUAUCGAAACCGACAAGCGUCGGCAGAGAGGAGAAGGAGAAGAAGAAGAAGAAGAGAGAGCCUCUAACCUGCCGGAUGGAGGAAAGAAGACAGAUGGUUCGCCUAAAUCCUCAAGAGAACCUGUUGCUGAAGAAAAAUUCCAUAUUGCCAGCUAG